UGGGUAUUCUAUCAGUCCAUUUUGAUCAUUUUUUUUUUUUUUUUGACCAUAGCAGAAUAAAAAGCAAAAAGAAAAAAGAAAAAAAAAAAGGGAAAAAGAGUGGGAAGAAAAAUAAAAGCAGUGAAUGACGACCCAACAAAGAGUUUUUGAAACAAAACGAGCGCAAGAAGACAGCAGUGCGAUGGAUACGGGGUUAAUUCGAUGUGUGUGUACCUCAACCGAAGAUGAUGGAUUCACCAUUCAAUGUGAACGUUGUCUCGUGUGGCAACAUGCUUACUGUGUUCAUAUUUCUCAAAGCACGAUUCCGGACCAUUACUUAUGUGACCAAUGCAGUCAACGAAAACGUCCUAAACUCUCCAAACGUAUCCCGAUUGCCAAAAACAAGCUUCAGCAAUUGGACGCUAAAGACGAACCUUCCUCCUUUAAUAAGAAGAAAAAGAAACAUGUCAAGAGUCGCAUCGUAUCACGUCAUGUGCAUGCCAUCUUUUGUGAGGCCAAGGAACGUUGGGGUCGAUGGAAACAUCAGGAAGGGUUAUACGACCAUGGUCCGUUUGUCACCAUGGAUACCGUGACUUUCUUGACAAAGGGUGUCUUGAUCAACACACCUGUUUCCAAUCAAGGUCUGUUCGCCCAUCGACCGAUUCCUGCCUUACGUUAUCUCAUGCAAGUGACGGGGGAUGUCCUUCUCAAGUCGGAAUUCAAGUUUGAUCCUGUCCAUGAUUUCGUCUUGUUGGGUACGCCCUUGAGUCACAUGAUGUUUUACCCUUCAUUGGAUGCAUGUAUCGAUACACGCCAAUUUGGAAACAAGGCCAGGUACAUUCGACGUUCGUGUCAUCCCAAUGCCGAGUUACGCAAUGUGGUUUUACCACGAGACGAUAAAACGAUUCAUCUUGGAUUAUUUGCACGUCAUUUUAUCGAGAAGGGACAGCAAGUGACGAUCAGUUGGGGCUGGCAACGAGGUCAUAUUAGUUGGAAGGAAAAUAUGAAUUGGCAUCAUCAACAUAAACUACGUCACGGUGGAUCCGAGGGGAGUCAACAUCAAGUGAUUGAUGAAGAGGAAGAACGUAAGCGACGCCAUACGAUCGGAGUCAUGUUGGAACGAUUUGAAAAGGAAUUUGGAUCGUGUGCUUGUUUGAAUAAACGACGUUGUUUAAUUGAACAUUUACGUCGACAGAUUGCACCUCCUAUAAAAGAGAAAAAACUCAAGUUACCUGCCGUCAAUAUCUUACCUUCCUUGAAAAGAAGGGCUUCGGAUAAUAUCAUCUUGUUAAAACCAAAGGAACCCAAAAAGAAAUCCGAAGAAAAUAGUCUGAUUGAUAUCACUUCGAAUUCGCCCCCUCCUCCUCUUCCUCCUCCUCCUCCUACUCCUGCUACCCAUGUGUCCGUUACCGCUUUGGAUUCAGUCAAGGAAGUAUCGGAUGAUGAAUUACUGGAUGUGGAAGGAGAUAUUGAUAUAGGUGAUGAUUUACCCCAUAAGGACGCUUUACCUUUACUGGAAGAAAACAGUAGUGAUGAUCAAGACGAGCAUGCGGAUCUUUCAUCACUGUCUUCUUUAUCCAGUUUAUCGGUCUUUGAAGAAUCGAACAAUGAUAUGACGGAUGAUGAAGAAUCUAGAGCAAGGUCACGUCGAAAGAAACAAUCCCGACACAAGCGAUCCCAUCCUCAUCACCAUCAACAUAUUCCUUACUCUUCCUCCUCCACCACCACCACUUCCGCUCCCACCGCAUCGACAGUUUUACCGCGUAAAAAGCUCUGGAUGCGUGAUUACCUCAAUAAACACGUCUCUGACGAACCCCCAGAUGCGCAUGAUUAUACCAACGAGACUCCGAUGGAUAUCGACAAUACCCACCAGCAAAUGCGGAUAUUCAAUAGUGAUCGAGCCCUGGUGGAUGCUACACCCGAAGAUAUGGAAGCCGCCAAAUUAUUACUGGAUGCCAUGGCCGCGAACGAGAUACCCUACAUGCAUCAUCCUGUUGUUGUGGUGGAUGAAGGUGAAUUGAGUGAUGCAUCUACCAUCUUGUUGGACGGAGACGAAAUCCAACGUGCUUAUGAGGAUCGUCGAGAAUCCGUCAGUAUGUAUGAGUCUCCUAGGUUGGAAGUCGGGCCUUUAGAACAGAUACAGAGGGAUGAUGUUUAUACAUCUCCCUUUUACCACCCUACUCAGCCGCCUAUGGCUUCUGUUCGUCAUACACCUGCUACUACUCCUGUUGAGGUGGUAAACGAUGUACCUGCUGCUGCUGCUGCUGCUGCUGCUGCUGCUGCUACUACUACUACUACUACUGUGGUAGUGGUAAGCGAUACACACGUACCUACUGUUGUGGUGAACGAUGCGCCUACUGCUGUUGUAGUGAAUGAUACGCCUGCUGAUGUUGUGGUGAACCAUGUACCACCACCUGCACAAACAGUCCAGACGACGGGUGUGCCACCAUGCAAGGAAAUUGUGGACAAAGGGAAUGAAAAGGAAGAAAAUGACUCAUUGGGGCCUAUACCAUUGAAAAAAGAAGAAAAGAAACCUAUACGAAAGAUUUCAUUACAAGAAUACCUCUACAAUCAACAACAACAAAAAAGCAUUCAUCC